GCUGGAGGAGAAGGGCACUACUUUUUGCCAGGUGCCGCCGGUCACACAACCUUCCAGAGGCUCAUGGCGAAGCAUUUUCAUCUAUGGACAGGACAGGGUUCCUGAGAGCCAGAGUGCCACAAAGAGGAUUCCCAUCGCCCAGUGUGAAUGACAACAAUAUGAGGCUGCCUAAACGCUGUGGAUCACACAGGUGUAUGCUGGUCUCUAUUGUGGUGUUAGGUUUGGGGUAUUUGGCGCUGGUUUCUCUGCCUCUGUUUGAGACAAAGACAAGCAAACCUCUGGACUGGUCCGUGUCCCCUGCACAUCAGAAGCUUGUCCAGGCAUAUGUGCACAGUGUCCUGGAGGGUCAGUGCCGUCCUGGCAGUGCCAGACAGAGUCUGUCUGCAAGGCUUCCCGCUUCUAGUCAAGUAACCCAGCCGUUCCUGUGGAAGAACACUGCCCUUACUGAUGACCUCUUCCUGUUUCCUCCACCAUUUGGCUUCAAAGGCCUUAAGGGCGAGCUACAGGACCUGUUGAACCUGAUGCCAGAUUCUGACUCUGCCCCCCAGCUGGAGAAGAAAUGCCGCCGCUGUGUGGUCAUGGGUAAUGGAGGCAUUCUGAGAGGCCUGGCGCUGGGCCCACUGAUGGACCGUUUUGACAUCAUUAUCAGGUUAAACAGCGGUCCUCUGGGAGAGUUCAGUGUUGACGUGGGGAACCGAACCAGCAUCCGAAUGAGUUACCCAGAGGGCACGCCACACCACUGGACUGACACAGACAAGGACACUUUGUUUGUAGCUGUGGUUUAUAAAACUGUAGACAUCAACUGGAUCUCUGCUAUGAUCAGCAAACACACUCUGUCACUGUGGGACCGGAUUUUCUUCUGGCAGAAGGUUCCACAUCAAAUCCCCCUUGAACCCCGAAGGUUCAGACUUCUAAAUCUGCAAGUCAUCAAAGAGACUGCAAUGGACCUCCUGAAAUACUCUUCACCAAAACCACGUCUGUGGGGCUGGGACCAGAACGUCCCCACCCUCGGAGUGUCUGCACUGAAUUUGGCCAGUAUGCUGUGUGAUGAGGUCAGCCUGGCAGGCUUUGGGUACAACAUAUCCCAGCAGGCAGCACCGCUGCACUACUAUGACAGCCAGCCAAUGACUGCCAUGCUGCAGCAGAAGAUGCAUAAUGUGGACAGAGAGACCGAACUGCUACAGAGCCUGGUCAAACAGGGAGCCAUCACCGACCUGACAGGGGGGAUUCACUGCUCCUUCUGCACCAGUUGAGGGGGUUGUCUCGAGCCGGGCUGUGCCGGGCCA